AAAUGGAACUGUACCACGCUAUUGGUACCUUGUGGACGGUCAUUAGUUGUGCCUCUCUGUCAUGCAGAGCUGUACCAGUUUACAGCAUUUUUUUUUCAACGUUGCAUAUGAAAUCAUUAUUUAUAAGUAUACGAGGAGUCCGAGAUCAAUGUCGCUGAACACUGGAAAUGUGCGUCCGCAUUCGUGAUAUACGCUGUUGGGCCGACUUCUGUAUUGGUCCAAAUGUCACAACGUAUAUGGAUCCGACAUCCUAUUCUCAAAACGUCAACACAUGCUAGGCGUCGGGAAGUACUCCAGAACCGUCGACAAAAUUCUAUCGCCUUUUUCCUUAUUUUUCAUUUUGUUUGAAAUUUAAUCUAUUUUUGGCAGAUGCAUUUGAUUAAAAUUUUCCUCGUGCAAAUGUGAAACUAAUAUUAUGGUGUAUAUGCUAUAACCUAUUUUAGUAAUCGAGUGAUAAGAAGAAUGAAAAAAAGUCCUUGUGUUAGAGAAGCGACAAUUAUCCACAGAAAAAAGCAUCGGAACGAAGGAUAAUAUCUAAAAUGCCUAAAAUCAAAACGCUACGUAGGACGUCGAGAAAUGCCCUGGAACAUUCCCCUUCUUUCAACUACACAUGUCGUCGUAGAAAUGGCUUAUCUCACAAACAAAACCUACCAUUGACGUUUUGUAAUCCUAAGCAACGUUUGUCGACUUUAAAAAUGCGGAGAGCUGGUGCUAGUGAAGACAUAGAAUGUUCCCCAAAACAUUUCCCUCAUUUUAUCCAUGUCUGCAACCUGACCACAGAUUUCACAGAUCGGGCUGCUAAAGUCACCAAAAUCCCGCAGCAUCAAUUCACUCUUGAAAGGAUGAAACUUUAUUUUAAGGUUCAGCGGUUAGAUACCUUAAACACACAGUCGAUGCCCUGCGGUCAAGCAAAUAUGUCGUCCUUUCCAACCAUAUGUGUCUGUAACGAAGAGCAAAUCAACAUAAGAAACGGAGUUCUUUAUAUGGGAGAAAAGACAUUCAAGAAAACAAAGAACAUGUUGAACGUAAGCAAUUUGGACACCAUUGAAAUACGAUCUGCAAUAACGGACCCUGAAGUUAGAGAAAUCCACGAGGCUUUGACAACACUUUUAGAAACCCCACUCUGGGAAAUUCUUGUAGAAAUCAAACAAAACAUAAAAUUGUCAGAUGCAUCUCAUAAGGUGGACAUGCUUUCCAUGGAAUUGGAUGUUCUGCUGAAUACAGUUAAACAUGUUACUUUCAGAGAUAUGAUUAGCGAUAGGGUUCCUGAACGCCAAGCCUAUUCGGAUAUUCCUGAAGCGGUUAAAGAUUAUUUGCUCAGAAAACGAGAAAUCAAUGGAUUUGGUAUAUUGAACAAUAACGAUUUUCGGGUUUUUGUAAAUCACGAAAACAAAAGAAGACAUCUACGAGAAAAUAUGCUGAGAAUUUUCCCAAAUAUUUUCAAAACAAAAUUAAAUUUACAAGUGAAAAUUGGCAAACCUUGUAUUUGCUUUUAUUUUCAGCAGGGAGAUAAGAUAUAUAAAAGAAGUUCCUCUGAAGAAUCAUCUAAUGAAAAUGGUUACGGCACAUUAGGAGGAUUUGUUUCUGAUCAAAACAAUGAUACGCAUUUUUUAACUUGCUCGCACGGCUGCCAAAAAGGAGAUAUUAUCUUUGCUGAUGACAACAAUUCCGGAAGAAAAAGAAUCGGAGAAUGUGUAUUUGCAACUGACCCUAAAACAAAACCAAAGAUCGAUGUUUUUAUUGAUGUUGCUCUUGUAAAGAUUGAUAGUGAAGUCGUAGACAGUUGCAAUCUAUCAAUGCUUAAUACUACUUUUCAACAAUCAAACGUCAAGAUUUACUUAGAAAACUUGCAAAACAUUGCCAAAAGAGCAUUUGUUUACAAGAUUGGGGCAUCGACAUCGGUGACCAAGGGAUUAAUUACAUCCCCAGAGUUCCACCUUAAUACAACUGGAGGAAGAGCUGAACUUUUUUUUGUUUCCGAUAUUGCUGACAUUCCAUUUGCCAAAAGAGGUGACAGUGGAUCGAUUGUUUUCAUGAUCGAAAAUAGCUCUGCACUCGAUACUGUACACGUUAUCGGAAUGGUUUCUGGUGGCUUCACACUGCGUCAACCAUCUGGAGAAGAUGAGAAGGUAGAUAAAAACAGGAAGACAGAGAAGAAAGACGAUGAGGGAGCCAAAAAGGAGGUUAGCUGUAAUGGGGAUGUUACCUGCUUUAGAAUGGACAAGACUGUGGAAUUUUUAAGGAAGAAAGGCAUUGACGUUUCUUUCAAAAAUCAGAUUUGAAAAAAUAGUCCGUAUGAAAAUGAAGUAUCAGCAGUAUUCUUGAAAUCAUAAAACAUGUAGUACUUAUUUUUUUGUUUACCAAAAAAGCAUACAGACGACUCUGUUUUUUAAUUUAAACUUAAAGAGAUCAAUAGUUUAAGAGAUCGAAAGUUUAAUAAUAUAUGGAAAUGCCAUGCCUUAUAAUACAAUCUGGUAGAAAAAUGGAACUUGCUACAACUUUGCAAAUUGUAUAUGUCAUUUAAAUAUUACUGUAAGAAAAAAGGACUUGGAGGAGUCAAAAAGGGGAAUAGAAGUCUUAAUGAUGAUGUUUUCUUUAACACAGACAAGACUGAGUGAUUUCUAAAAAAGAAUGUUUGAAUGUUAUUUUUGCAAAUCAAAUUUCAAAAGAUUAAGCUUGAAAAAAAGACAUAACAAAAACAUUUGAAAAAAAAACCAUAAUGAAAAAAUAAACAUCAUUUGUUGAUAACGAACGUUAAAAUGUCAACCGAUAUCAUUACCUUUCUUAAUUGCUUAUAUACCGGUAUUAUUUGUUGCAAAUAUAUUAGUUGCAAAUAAGGAAAAUAAGUUUUCAUUUUUCAUAUCUGGAGAAUGGCAUGUAAAAAGUUCAGUCUUGGGGCUUUUUUGAGGAAAACAAAUUUUAUAGUAUAUUUCUUAAAUGUUUUUAUAUGUUUCAUACUUUGGGUGGACAGCGCAAUCAGUGUCAGCGAAAAUAAACAUUUAUUUUCUUUAGUUUAUCGUUAAUUUAAAGAAACAAAAAGAUUUAGUUGAUGUUUGUACACCAUUGAAAAUGUAUAUAUAACUGUCAUAUUAUCUGGCUCCAGGAUCUUGAAACAAUCCUAGACUUAAGUAAAAAUAAUUACACUUUCUUAAUCUCUUUUAAUUGAAUAUACUGACAAAAUUGAUAUGCUAUUGUAAGUGUCUUGAUGUUAAAUUGUUAAUUACAAAAUUUUAAUCGUCAUAUUAUGAUAAACAAUCAUUUAAUGACUGACUGAAAAUUUGACUUAAGUCUGAAAUUGCUUCAUGAUCCUGAUGCAUCUUGACCAUACAUAUUGUGUAUACAUUAUUUGUACUGUAUUAUAUACGUGUUUUGGGAGAGGGCGGUCUAAGUUUUUGAACUUGUGCCCAAUCCCAUUUGUAAUUUUGUACAAUGAAAAUAUGUUCAAAUCAAAUCUAAUCCUAUGUUUAUGCAUAGUCAUUAUUUCUUCAAUGGACAUUUUUUAUUUACUUUUUAUUGUAUAAUCCAUUUGAGUAUAAUAAAAGAUGAACAUUUAGUUACAAAACAUGUCGAUGAAUAUUUUCUAAUCAUAGUAUUAAGUUAUUUUGAACUUGUGCCCAAUCCCAUUUGAUAUUUUGUACAAUAAAAAUAUAUUCAAAUCAAAUCUACGAAGGUCAAUCAAAACAUACGAAGACAAUGUGGCUGUCUAUCAUAUAUUUUUCAUGAAAGUCAUACUUAACAGAUUAAUCUGUGCACCAACACUUAUGCAAAGUUUUAGUCCAUUUGAUGAAACGAUAUUUUUGUUACCCCUUUUAAAAAACAACAUGUUUUGUCACCACGGCGCACAGUAACGUUCAAAACAUGACGUCAAGAUUAAACACGCACAGUUUAUAGAUAUACGCCAUCUUUAUAUCACGCUUAGACUCUUGUGCCUUUCUUCUUACAAUUUUAAAUAGCACUGAACCAUUUAACAUCUUAUUAGCACACAUUUGUUCGAGAAUCAUAAGUUAUUUCUUCAAAGUUUUCAUUUUCUAACCGUGUAUCUCUUAGUUUACAGGAAGGAUAACCCUGAACGUCGGUUGACGUUACUUAUUUUUUUGACCAAAUAUUCAUAAAUAUUCUACUCUCUUUCGGACUGUUUCAUAUUCAAAAUACAAUUACCGCCACCCCUACAAAAUUUAUUACAGUUAAACACAAACUUUCAAAUAAUUGUUGACUUAUUUUUUGCACCAUUGAGCAUUUUGACAGCUUGUAUCGUCUUUUUCCUGAGUUAAAUCCAUUUUGUUUGUACUUCUCGCUGCACCGUGACGUCCAGCGACAUCGAUGUUUUGAGUCAAUAUUAAAGAAGACUAUCUGUCUUUAGUUACUAAUGUCUGUUCGACAAAAACAAUACUACAGUAUAUCCCGUCAUUAUUUGGAACAUAGAAUACCAUGAGUAUACUUAACUUGAGGUUUCAAUACUAUAUGGUUUUAAGCCCAAUUUAUGGAGAUAUUUCUUUCAACAUUAUAUGGUUUAUUGUUGACAUAACACAAAUAUUUUGACCGUGCGCCGUGACCUCAUUUUUGCAGGAUUCUUAGAAAUAAAGGAAUUUAUUAACUAUUUUUUCUUGCAUAUUGUUUCAAAAU